UAGCAAAGACGAAUUCAACUAAAAAAAAGAAACAUAUUAGACGAAAAAACGAAGCGAGAAAAAACUUAAAAAUAAUUGACGAAUUUCAGAAUAAGAUAGGAGAGAAAAUAGAUAGGUGAAAGCAAAAGAAUUUUGAACUUGCAAGCCCAAAUAGUUUUGAACGAGGUAUUAUUCGGAGAUUCCCUUCACUCAAUCCGAGGAUAAUCAAAUUUUUACAAAGUAGACCUAGAGCUAGACGUAGAGACUUGCCUACUUGUAUUUGAAUUCAUCGAGACACAUCUAAGAUCCAUUUAUCGCCUGUGAGCGAUUGUGCAUCUAGAAGAUCUACUGAUCGAUCCACGACUGGUUACAACUGCUACAACUUGCACGGCUUGAAGACUCUACCUUUCCAUGUGAGGCCCCUCACGUUGUUAAUUCAUUGAAAUUAGUAUACUCAAAGCAACCAACUUUUCCUGCUGCCCUUUUAUUUUCCGAUCUACACACAACUUCUAUGAUGUAUACUAAGAUUAAAUAUAAUUGAUUGUCACUUGACCUUGUUACUUAGAGAAAUUAUUCUGUAUUGUUGCGUCCUUUGAGGGAACCUCGACCGACGAUCGAUCAUUUCUAAUCGUCACAUAAUUUUUUACAAAAAAAGAGAAGAAGAAACUCGUCAGAUAGGAGAAGCAAGACGCUAAGUAAAUUGACUUUGAGUCUACUAUAGACUGCGUAAGUCACCAAAACCCCCACCCUCGAAAACAAGCCAGAAAGAUCAGGAUAUAGAGAGCUAUUAAACCUGAAGAUCAGAAGAAACGGAUCAUUAGAAUAGUAUCUUACUUUAGACGAAGUAUUCGAAAUUUUCUUGACUUUUCUUGUGUUUCGUCCUCGAAUAAUUGUAGCUAGUUAAUACACUUCAUCUAGUGGAAGUAACGUUCAACGUACCAGCGACAGGAAGAUAAGUUAGAUCUUAACCAUAUCAACAAGAUGUUUUCUCGUGGUCCGAAAGUGAUGCUCUCUGCGGCCGUUGUGCUUGCCGCAAUGGCAGACGGCCAAGAAGAUGCCAGCGUGGUUUCUACGACGACUGGUGUUCCGAUGAAGCCAGUGACUGCAAAACCAGAUGGAGGGGAAGAACAAGAAAAUUCGUCUGGUGGAGGGUCCUCUACAUCUUCGAGCACGACGAUUGCUCCGCCUCUGCGUAAAGGAUGUACGCGCGAAUACGCCCCGGUGUGCGCCGGUGGAGCCAAGACGUUUCCAAACCUGUGCACAGCGGAGAGCUACGGGUAUGCAUCCGGUGAUAUCAAAGUUGGAGGGCCUUGCGUCACUGGUCGAAGUUGGAAGACGCGUUUCUGGGCGAAACUGCGGAAGUGGUUGGUGCACCAGGAACACGCCACAAACCGCGAAAGUUUUGUAGAACAAGGAGAUACUGAUGUGUUCUACAACUACAACUUGGAAGAAAAGAACAAGGAUGCGACGGCAAUGAAAGCAGAUGAGGAGUCCAAACUGGCGGUUUAUCGCGCACAAGAAGGCGACAAUGAGCGCAUUUUCGGAGUCUCAUCCUCGAAUGCAGGAGAAAGUGCGAUGAAAGGAGCAGGAGCUGAUGCCAAGAAAGGCAAAGGGAAGGGAAAUAUCGGCGAGCAAGGAACUGACAUUUACAGCGGAAAAGAAAAAGGCGAAUACAACAAUUACAAUGAUAUGAAAAAGAACAAGACAGCAAUGAUGCAGCACAAGAACCACGAUGAGAUGAAAGAAAAUAAAGGAAAAGGAAAAGGAGACCAUCAUCACAACCACGAGUACGAUCAUCACGACAAAAAGAACAAAACGGAAGGAUGGAACCGCACAGCCUAUGAGCAAAAGUGGGCAUCCUUCAAAGAAUGGAAAGACCUGAGCUAUGGAGCUGAAUCGUCCUGGAAACAUGGCAAGCAAGGCAAGACGAAUACUACGUCUGCGUCUGGUUUCGCUACAACUACCGUGGACAAGAACCAGAUCAACAUCAAGGAUACCAAGAUGAAAGUAGAGCAAGAAAAGGUUUUUCCUUAUGUGAGUAUGGAUGACCUGCGAGCGCGGAUGCAGGCUGUUGACGAGGCACACGAGCACGACGUACCGAUGAACCAAGAAGUAAUUUUGCGUGGCAAAGUAGAACUACUAGAAUCUAGUUUGAAGUUGGAAGAAAUUUUGCGACACUCUUCCCAAGAGUGGAAGAACCUCUCGGAAGCCGAAAAGGCGGAGGUUCGAGAGACCAAGAAACUGAUGCUAGAGGAGCGCAAAGCGCGAUGGAACAGUCUCACCGAAGAGGAGAAACAAGCAUACAUUGACAAAAAGAAAGCGUCGGAGCACACGGGGAAAGGUACCUACUCGUAUGAUUGAGAUUGAGACCAUCAUCAUUAUUUCAGAGCCGGCUUGUCGAUUUCAGCUGCUUAGGUGGGAAGUAGAAGAGGACUAAAAAACAUGUCUUUUAUUCAAUCGCAUUGUCGAAUGGGUAGCAAGAACAACCUAUGGUCAACAUAUUGUCGUUUCUCUUAACAGAAUAACAUUAAAGUCAUUAACAUGCCUACUUCUAGUCGAGGAGAACUACUCGGGAUGCCAAUCAAUCAAAAUUACUGCGUAUCUUCAGGUCGUGGCGGAAAGGGCGGUAAAGGCAAGGGCGGCAAGGGUGAAGACGGCAAAGGAAAAGGCAAAGGUGCUAAGGGCCCGGGUGGAAAGGGUGAGGAGGGUGGUGACCAUGAGGAUAAGACCCCUGCAACCACCACGUCUACGCCGUCUGAAGAGCCGACUACUACUGGAUCUCCCAGCGAAUCCUCUUCCACCACGAUCUCUGUACCGGCAACGACAUCUCCAACCACUGCUGCUCCGGAAAGCACUUUAUCUAGCACGACUACCAUGUUGCCGGCAAGUACUCCUGCCAGCAGCACGAGUGAAACUACCAGCGCGACAUCUACCACCACCGCUGCUUCUCCGACUUUCUCUAAGAGCGGAGCCACCACACAAGUUCUUCGUCGCUUUUUGCAGCCCUACUCGACCGGUUCGUCGUCCAAGGAAAGCUAUGACUCGUCUUCUUCUUCCAAGGAGGGCAGCGCAACGUCCUACGACUGGAAGAACUCCUACGAUCAGAAAGACGCUGCGUCCUCUCAGAUGAAAGGCACCUCCUCUUCUAAGGGCGCUAAGGGCAUAUCGGACCAGGACACAGAAAAGGAAACAGCAGCGGCUUCGAAUAGAGGUAUUAGUGCUGCAGAAUGGGAGAAUUCCUCUGGAAUGAAAACUUCGAGCGGUGGAAAGCCAGGCGGUAAAGGAUCCUCGUCUUCGAGUGAGCGCGCCCCUGGAAAAGGUGGCAACACUGCAUCUGCUUCAGGUGAAAAGCAACGUCCUUCGUCUCAGAAGGAGGGAGAAGAUGCACCAUUAGUUUCCGGCGAUGGGCGCACGAUAUUCCCGUCGACGGAAGCUGAUGUUUUUGGCCAAAUGUUCUCUGAUGCCGAGAGCAAGAUCUUGAAUGAGCGCGAUGGGUGGUAUAUUGCUGACGCUGAGGAUCGCGAAGAUUCUACAAGUACAAGAACAAACGAGAAAGAUUCAACUACUAGAGAUAAUACUAGAAGUAAUAAAGAAGACAAAGACUACACGGGAACUUCUGUUACUACAACCUAUUUUUCAAAUCCAACUUCUACUUCAUCUUCCUCCAACAUUGCGCGGUGGGAAAACAUGCUUGUGACCGACGAUGAACUCCAUUCGUCCGUUCCUGCACCGGAAGAACGGGACCCCACCCUGUACAACUACGCUGCCUUCGAAACUACGUACCCGGUCGUAACGAAUGGCGCAGAAGGGAAUGAUAAAGCGGACGAUGUUGAGACGCGUACUGCGAUGUACGGUCCUGCACCGGCGACAGGUGUGUACUACCAGCGCAGUGAAGACUACUUCGAGGAAUCUGACGAGGACGUUGCGAAUGAUGCCGCAGGUCGUCCACGCCAUGUGCUCUGGCUGUCUCUUGUGGUCGCAGUGAGCGCACUCUUUCUCUUCUAAUUCACAAGAGGGAAGAGUACCCCAUGAGAGUCUUGUUUCAUAUAGACUCUAAUGACCCAAGAAACCUGACCUAAUUUUGAUUUUCAUUUUUUUGUUUCUUAAUGAAAAUUGUUCUUGCCUAGAGGAGCUGAAAAUCAAUAUUAUGACGAGUUUGAUUCAUUCAACACAUGCGAACUUGGUGUCUUGGCUUUGAUUAGUGUUGGUUACUUACUCUAUCGUGGACGAGGUGCCCGCCCUUAUAAGAUGCUCGUAAAUUGAUGGUUGUGCAUGAGGUUUAAUUUUCUAUGAGUAAUGGUUUUCGGUCUUGCAUGUGUGUGAUUCAUCACACAGAAUUCGCAAUUUUGUCGCUUGCAUCCCCCCAAAAACCGCAGUAUAUUUUUAAGAAAGACUCACACUAUAUACCGUAAGUAGCAACUCGUAAAAAAUACUAAUGUCAGAUAGAAUUCGAUCUAGAUGCACAUGAAUACUUCGUCAGAGAGAGUCACGUCGUUGUUUGUGGUAGAGAAAGUAAAACCAGAGGCUCUCUCAAUCGCAAGAACCACCGAGUGGGUCAGUAAAACCAGAGGCUGUCUGCUCACAUGAACAUGCACUUUGUUUUUUGGCUGUAGUUUUCAGGGAGUAAGACCAGAGGCUUCCUGUCAGUUGGGUAGACUAGUAAUACCAGAGGCUGUCUACUCAUAGUCAUGUAGAUUCAGGUCGUCUUCAGGGAGUAAGACCAGAGGCUUCCUGUCAGUUCGGUAGGCUAAUAAUACCAGAGGCUGCCUACGCAUCUAUAGAUAUGCAUGAGCGCCCGGCACGGGAGUAAUACCAGAGGCUUUCGUGUAGUAGUUGUUUGUAGGCUAGUGAUACCAGAGGCUGCCUACGCAUCUAUAGAUAUGCACGAACGUCGGCCGGCACGGAAGUAAUACCCGAGGCUUCCGUGUUGUAGGCUAGUAAUACCAGAGGCUGCCUACGUAUGAAUUUGCAUGGGCGGCCGGCACGAAAGUAAUACCAGAGGCUUCCGUGUUGUAGGCUAGUAAUGCCAGAGGCUGCCUACGUUGCAUGAACGGCUGGCACGGCAGUAAUACCAGAGGCUUCCGUGUUGUAGGCUAGUUAUACGAGAGGCUGCCUACGUAUGAAUUUACAGGAGCGGCCGGCACGGCAGUAAUACGAGAGGCUUCCGUGUUGUGGGCUAGUAAUACCAGAGGCUGCCUGCUGAAAGCUAUUGUGCAUAGAUGCUGUAUGACGGGAAGCAAGCCCAGAGGCUUCCUGUUAUAGUUUCACCAGAAUAUAGUCCUUGGAAAGAUAGAAUCAUGGCGCUUGUUCGAGAGUUGCUGCGUUGUCUUGAUAUCUUAGAGAGCAACUAGCGAUUUUGAACAGAGCGACUUUUAGAAUAACAUCAGAUAGCACAAUAUGAACUGCUUCAACGAUAAUUUCUUACAUAUGACUAGAAUCCGAAUUGAUUUACUCUCGUUAAUUCUUGUAACUAAUUCGUGCAUGAUAAUAAUAAAUGUAAGUAAAUCAAAACACUCCGAGCCGACUUGUUCGACUUUGAAUGAGUCUGAGAGCGCGCUACUCGUUCAAACCAACAGCGAAAGGUGUUCUCUGGUUUAUACCUGAGAUGCGCGAUAGGGAGAAUAUUCGAACAGAGAAGUAGGGAGAGAGACAGAGACAGCAGCUACGGUCUAGUCGAGAGAGAGAGAGAUAGCCCCUGGGGGUUGUCGCAGCAAGUGUUGAUCAUAGUGAGUUGUUUCCCUUGGGUUUAUUACGUAACAUGGCUUAGUGUGCGUAUCGCUUUAGGCGAAAACUGAAAAAAAUUGGAGAUCAUGACAAGGUACUCGCUCAAGGUGCGCGCUCGUCGAACAUGGUGUUCGGUAGAGAGCUCAAGAUACACGAAAAUAGGAUCGUGUUCGGUCGAGAAACCGAGAUAAAACAAGGAGAAGAAAAGCAGCUAGAGGAUUCGGUGAGGGAGAUUCGGUUCCCCGAGACGGCCUCUCUGCUGUGUUACGUUGAGAGAUGUUGCUACUGCGCUCGAAUAGAGGAUGGAUAGUUAUUUGAGUAGAAAUUAUAAGCUACUUCCUUACGUCAAUCAUAUACCCAAUGAAUCAAUCGAAAAGCGGUUUGCUCCUGGAAGAAACAUAAUUUCUUCCUCUCGUCCCGGCGCCCCGAUCAGCAUUCCGUAUGACUGUCGCUUAAUUUAUAUUUAUCUGCCGUACAAGGUCAAGGGUUUAGUAACUAUUAUAUCUAGGUACUUGUUAUUAUUUGUUGCUUGAAAUGUAAUCCAUCGUGGGUGAAAAUGAAACAUGCACGAUCAUGAGAAGUGGAUGAUCUUUAGAGAUCUAGUUAUCGUGUGAGGAAAUACAAGAUUAAUGAUCGGAUCAAGCUUGUUGCUGUUCGUUUUGUUCAAGCUCUCCUUUUAUUCUUGUUUUUCUAGAACACAACUCGCAGUUUGUUAGUCACGUGCAUAGACAGCGUUUUU